AUGCUCUUUCGAUUCGGGCUCUUGGUAGCCAGUGUUUUUUCGAGUCUUGCGAUUGAUCCAUGUUCAUCAAUUGAUCGAGCUCUCCUUCGCAACAAAGAUCCCAAUGAAACGACGGCUUGCAAGUGUUUGAUUGAUCCGGUGCCAUUCGAUCAAAACGAUAAUGUUUGGAUUGGAUGCACUGGACAUUCGAUGUCGAUGGUCUUUAAGGCACUUGGUGGCCUCAAUGAGACUCGAGUGAAUCGAGUGCACGUUUGGGAUAGCAUUUUGAACAUUUUGCCAGCGGAAAUGUUUGAGAAGGUUCGACCUCGAAUCUUGAUUGUGGAAAACUCGUUGACGUCCGUUGUUCGACCGGGUACUUUCACACAGAUUGGCACUCGUCUUGUGGAGCUCCGCUUGAGGAAUAAUGCGUUUAAAAAGAGAAUUGAAAACUCGAUGCUCAAUGGGCUUGAUCGACUUCAAAUUCUUGAUAUGAGCGGCAACAAACUAGUCUCAAUCAAAGCCGGUGAUCUUGAGGGGAUGAGCGAAUUGAGAGAGUUGAUCCUCAACGAUAAUUUAAUCUCUCAAAUCGACGAUCGAGCAUUCUCGUCUCUCUCCUCGCUGAGAAUCCUCUCCAUUCAAGGGAAUCACCUCACCGCCAUCACAAAAGACACUUUUAAAGGACUCGACAACCUUGAGUACCUCUACUUACAAAAUAACAAAUUGGAGUCAAUUGAUUGGUCGGCUUUCCAACAUUUGAAGAGGCUUAAGCACAUCGAUUUGGGCAGAAACUUCUUGACAAACGUGGAUCUGCGAGCUCUUGAAGCCUUGGAGAAGCUCAUCAUCAACAACAAUUCAAUUCAAAGCUUAAAGAGUGUCACAUUGAAAGAUCUACCAUCCCUGGUUUUCUUGUCUCUUGAUCGGAACGCAAUCUCGGAAAUUGAUGAUUUAGAUCUUUUCGGUUUAGCUCCAUCAACGCGGCUUGAUUCUUUGUCAAUGGCUUCCAACAACAUUUCGGUGAUCUCGGCUCGUGCUUUUCAGCAUGUGAGCUCGUUGCGAACGCUUGCCCUUCAGAAUAAUCAGAUUUUGAGCCUCUCAACUGGCAGCACGCCGAUCUUGCGCUCUCUUCGCCGCCUCGCUGUUCUUCUUAUUUCCGGGAAUCAACUAUCAGCUCUCCGAGAGUCGGAACUCCCAAUCACCCUGCAAAUCCUUUCAGCUGAUCAUAAUCAAAUUAGUCAUAUUGACGCAGCUACAUUCAACUCGAUGCGACUACAGAAAUUACUUCUUAAUGAUAACUUGCUGGCUUUCUUACCGAAAGGAACCUUUGAUCCGCUUGAUCUUGACAUACUGCAGGCUAUUGACUUAAGUGCAAAUAAAUGGCAAUGCGUUUGUACGGAGGAAUGGUUGGGGUCGUGGUUGGACAAAGUGGGAGAGAGAGAUGUGGCGGAUGGACCUCUCGGUUGUCUUGUCACUCGUUGUGAAGAUGAUAAGCUAGAAGAGCAAGACCAUUCGACUUGGGUGACUAUCGCUGCCUCUAUACUCGCCGCUGUUUCAAUUUUGAUCCUCAUUUCUAUUGCUUUCCUUUGUUUUGAGGACGCACGUGCAAAAAUGUUCGUCUCCAAAUCAUUCCGCAGAGUGGAUUCAGAUCUUUUGAAGUUGAUCAAUGAUAACGAGGCAAAAUCGGACGCCACGAGAGGAGUUUAUAUGAAGCCAAAAUCUGAAAACAGCCAAAAGAGCGUUCGAUUCAUUGGAAAU